GAUAGCCCUAGCUAGCUCUCCUCCUCAUUACUAAUAUUUAACUCUCUCUUCUGUCGCUCUUGUGACCACCACCUCUCCUGCAAAAAGUAUAUAUUAUAAGUAGUCGUCGUCGUCAUCAUCGUCGUCAUCUUUGCCAUCACCGUCAUUCAUUCAACAACUAUUUCUUAGUUGCAUCACCAAGUGAGCAACGUAAACCAUUCCCUGAUAACACGCAUAGAUCCAUUUCUUCUCUGGUAGAGAAAAACACAUACAGAUUCAAUAUGCCGUACCAACUCUUGUCGAAGAUCGCGACCAGCGACCGGCACGGCGAGAAUUCACCCUACUUCGAUGGGUGGAAGGCGUAUGAUAAGAACCCUUUCCAUCCUACACUGAAUCCUGAUGGAGUCAUUCAGAUGGGCCUCGCCGAGAAUCAGCUUUGCUUCGACUUGGUUGAAGAGUGGGUUCGGAAGAACCCUGAAGCAUCAAUCUGCACUUCCGAUGGAGUCCCCAAGUUCAAGGAUGUUGCAAUCUUUCAGGACUAUCAUGGCCUGCCCGAGUUCAGACAGGCUGUUGCGAAGCUUAUGGAAAGAGCUAGAGGUGGGAAGGUCAAAUAUGAUCCGGACCGAGUUGUGAUGAGCGGUGGAGCAACCGGUGCCAACGAGACAAUUAUGUUUUGCUUGGCUGACCCCGGAGAUGCUUUUCUCGUACCAUCGCCAUAUUAUCCAGCAUUUGCGAGGGACUUGAGGUGGAGAACGGGGGUGGAGAUGAUCCCGGUCCACUGUAAGAGCUCAAACAACUUCCAGAUAACCAUAGAAGCCAUGGAAGCAGCCUAUGAGAAAGCCCAACAAGGUCCCAACCCCUCUAACAUCAAAGGUUUGAUCAUAACCAACCCGUCGAACCCUCUUGGGACAACACUGGAUAGGGAAACCCUCAAGGGAUUGGUGAGAUUUGUGUGCGAGAAAAAUAUCCACCUCGUUUGCGACGAGAUAUACUCGGCCACAGUCUUCAAGCCUCCUCACCUAGUUAGUGUCUCCGAGGUCAUGGAAGAGGUGGGAGGCUGCAACAGGGACCUCAUCCACGUGGUCUAUAGCUUGUCCAAGGACAUGGGCUUGCCGGGCCUGAGGGUUGGGAUUAUCUACUCAUACAAUGAUGCAGUUGUGAGUUGUGCUCGGAAGAUGUCCAGCUUCGGGUUGGUGUCCUCUCAGACUCAGCAUCUUCUCGCUUCCAUGCUUUCUGAUGAGGAGUUUAUCGGACAGUUCAUAAGGGAGAGUUCGAAGAGGCUAGCAAAGAGGCACACUCUCUUUACCAAAGGACUAGCUCAGAUGGGAAUCAGCUGCCUCGACAGCAAUGCAGGCCUCUUCUUUUGGAUGGAUUUGCGGCCCCUUCUCAAAGAACAAACUUUUGAAGCCGAAAUGCAGCUGUGGAGGGUGAUAAUAAAUGAUGUGAAGCUUAAUGUGUCGCCCGGUUCUUCUUUCUGCUGCACUGAGCCCGGGUUCUUCAGGGUUUGCUUUGCAGAUAUGGACGAUCACACUGUUGAAGUAGCACUCAAUAGAAUCCGAGCCUUUGUGCUCAGGGAAGAGCAAUGUGUCCACAAUAAGAACCAGGCCGGUACAACAUUGAAGAAGAGACGAAACUGGCAGAAUAAUGUCAAUCUUCGGCUGAGUUUCUCGUCUCGGGGAUACGAUGAGAGCAUCCAGUCGCCUCACAAGAUGUCCCCUCAUUCACCAAUUCCACAGUCCCCACUUGUUCAAGCAAAGACAUAAAUGCUUCGCCUUCACGUAUAUUUGAUCGACGCGGGCCAACACCGUGAGUCGUGACCAAGGUAUUAUUGGUAUCUCGUUUUUACGGCAUAUAGUACUAAUUAUUAAUCAGAAAUGCGAUUAAGGUUGAGAUUGACAGAAUAAGUUGCAGUAUCUGAGGUCAAUUUACUGUAGGGUCAACCUUACAGAUUUUUUUUUUCCUCCCCUCCCAAGGUGUAGUAUUUGGGUGGACCAGUAACUGAGGUUUUUGUGGAACGAAUUGAUGUUUCAUUCAGAAAAUUAAGAGAUUAAUUAAUGUGUGUGUUAGUCGUCCGUGAUGGACAAGAAGCUCCCAGCCUAUGCAGCUAUACUUGUAUUCUUUAUCAGCUGAAUCAAUAAUAUGCAUGUGUG